AGGCCGGACCCAAAGGGGGCGCCAGGAGCGCCCCCCUCCACAGCUCCAGGGGACCCGAGGACGCUGCUGGGCAAGCACCUCCGCUCGGCUUCCGGCGCCGGGGCCGGACCCAGCUGUGCAGACCCCAGCCGCAACCCGGCGGCGUCUUCCGGGCCGAGGCGGGGCCGGGCCGGCCGGGAGGCGGAGGGAAGCGGGAAGGUGACCAGGGCGCGGGGCGGAGCCGGCGCGGCGUGGCAGAGGGGCCGACAUGGGCGGCGUGGGGGCGACCCUGCGGCCGGCGGCCUGGAAGCUGAACCAGAGGCGGGACAUCGCCUCCUGGUUAGCACGAUGGUUCCCCAGAGUCCCAGCCAAGUCCGUGGUGGCCCUGAAAACACCCAUCAGGGUGGAGCUGGUGGCUGGGAAAAGCUACAGAUGGUGUGUGUGUGGCCGAAGCAAGAAACAGCCCUUCUGUGAUGGUUCCCACUUCUUCCAACGCACUGGCCUAUCCCCACUCAAGUUCAAGGCUCAGGAGACCCGCAUAGUGGCCCUCUGUACCUGCAAGGCCACCCAGAAGCCCCCAUACUGCGAUGGUACCCACAGGAGUGAGCGGGUACAGAAGACAGAAGUGGGCUCCCCACUCUGAGGGGGUGGCUGCUGCUUAGCUCCAGUCCUCUCUGGAAGGAACCCCCUUUGUGGGGAAGGACACCGAGUGCUGAGCCCAAGACAGGGAUCACCUUGGGACCCCAGUACCCAUAGUUGGCUUGUGAAGGAUGUGCUCCCCAUUACCUGAAUUCUAUCUGGGGCACCCACGAACUGACCCAUGGUUCCAUGCCUGCUGGUAAAGAUGGCAUAAAACACACCUGCCCACCCAGA